AUCAGACCAACCACGGAAACAGCCACGUGGAACGCGCAUACCUCAAAUACAUAACCUUACAAAAACUGAAAUCUUGUUUUCACCGUCUCUCAGAUCAAAGAACAAAUUCAUAUCAGAGAAAUAUUAUUUUUGUUUAUUGAUCUAAAAAGAGAGAUGACUAGCGGCAGCGCAGACGACGAGAAAAACAGAUCAGUUGCGACUGAUUAUCAACACCAGCAGCCUCCUCAUCCUCCGCCGUUUCAAGGUGUCUCCAACUAUCCACCUCCGCAGCAGCAGCCACCUCCACCAGGUUAUCCACAGCCAGCUCAGCCCUACGUCUCCGGUUAUGCUGUUAAUGGAGUAACAGAGCACGAUCGUCUUCCUUGUUGUGGUAUAGGCAUUGGUUGGUUAUUAUUCAUCCUUGGUUUCUUCUUCGGUGCCAUCCCCUGGUACAUCGGCUUUUUCCUUUUUCUGUUCUCUAAAAACCCGCGUGAGAGGCCUGGAUACAUAGCUUGCGCAAUUGCAUCUGUUAUUGCUACGAUUAUCAUCGUUCUUGGAGCCACAAGAGGAUCAGGGGCCUGGUAGUAAAAUGAAGAAGUGACUGCUUUUAAUCCGGUAGAGACCGGUUAGGGCGUUUGAUAUACUGUUGCUGCAAAAGAAGAUUGUACAUGUGUGUUUUACAUAAAGAUUUGAAAAAAAGGGUUUACAGUCGACCAUGGCAUUUGUUUACUUACCAAAAAUGUUCGACUCCAAACCAUAGUAAUGUCUUUGUUAAAUUAUAUAUAUGCUUUGUGUGUGA